UUAGAGAGAAUGGAACCUGACACCUAAUUCCGCCAGAACCAGAUGAGCAGGUUGUUGAACCAGGCGAAUCCGUUUAUAUAAUAGGCCGCCAAGCCGAAAUCGAUCAACAGUCCGAAACGGAAAGAUCUAAAGUGAACAAGUCAUCCAAGAUGCGAGCUGCCAUCGUGUUCGUCGUUGUGAUUUUCGCACUCCUCAGUGUCCUGGAGGCCGUGCCCGCUCCCCAGUUCGGAUAUGGUGGCUUCGGCGGAUACCCUGGCUACGGCGGAUUCGGAGGCGGAUACCCCGGCUACGGCGGAUUCGGUGGCGGAUACCCCGGCUACGGUGGCUUUAGACGCGGCGGAUUCGGUGGUUUCGGCGGAGCCAGUGCCUCGGCCUCGUCCUCGGCCUCCGCUGGCGGAUUUGGCGGUGGCUUCUACGGAUAAGAAGUUCAGAAGAUAGUUAAGCUUAAGCCUGUUCAAUUUAAAUAAACCAAAUCAAUAUUCCUGUGACUCCC